AUGGCUGGUGCAGCAACAAACGGGAUUGGUCACGACCGUGAGCUGGUCGAAUUCGACCCGUCCGAGCACCCUCACCGUCGAUACAACCCUCUGACUCGCAGCUGGGUUCUCUGCUCGCCACACCGCACCAAGCGACCGUGGCAAGGCCAGGAAGAAAAACCGCAGGGCACCUCGCUCCCGGCUUACGACGAGAAAUGCUACCUCUGUCCUGGUAACACUAGAGCGACGGGCGCCAAGAACGACAACUACACAUCCACCUUUUUCUUCGAGAACGAUUAUGCUGCGCUGAUGCCUCAGGCCGUUGCCCCGGAAAAGGGGCAGCAUCCUUUGCUUCAAUCACAGCCAGCUCGCGGGCGGUGCUACGUGAUCUGCUUCAACCCGCAGCACAACUUGACACUGGCACAGCUGAGCACCCCACCGUUUACCCCCGACCAGCACAUCGCACCCAUCAUCGAAGCAUGGCAGAAGAUCUACCGGCAAAUUCCGGACGAGAAUUCGUUUGUCAAGUACAUCCAGAUCUUUGAGAACAAGGGAUCGGCGAUGGGCUGCUCGAAUCCCCACCCGCACGGUCAGGUCUGGUCGCUCGACUACGUCCCCGAAGAGCCGAGCAAGGAGCUUGCUUCGCUAUACGAUUGGUCGCACGACCCGGUUAACCAGGACUCCAGCGUCAACCUUGGCGCCCUCGACGACCGCGGACGCCCCUCAAUGCUGCUCACGCUCGCGCGUCUCGAGCUGUCCACCCCCGGCCAGCCGCGUGUCAUUACGUCGAACGACCACUUUGUCGCCAUCGUCCCCUACUGGGCAGUGUGGCCAUUUGAAGUGUUGCUGCUUCCCUCGCAGCGCCAGAUCCGCCAUAUUCUCGAAAUGUCAAAGGCCGAAGUCGUAUCCUUGGCUCGCAUCUUGGCCGAGACGACGUGCAAGCUGGACAACCUGUUCAAAUGCUCGUUUCCGUACAGCAUGGGCGUGCAUCAAAAGCCGACGCAGAACAGCGUGGGGAAGGAGGACGACUACGCGCAAUUCCAUGUGCAUUUCUACCCGCCGCUGUUGCGCUCCGCUUCGGUGCGCAAAUUUUUGGUCGGCUUCGAGAUGAUGGCCGAGCCGCAGAGGGAUUUGACGGCCGAGCAGGCGGCAAAGCGCAUUCGUGAGUGCGAGGACACGCAUUACCUAGCGACGAUGGAGAAGGAGUAG